AUUACAGCUACACCUCCACUCGACGCAAGAAAGCAGGUACCUCACGGUUGCGGCCUCGGAUCUGUGAUGGAAGAAAGCAAGACCGGCCCCGGCGGACUGACGGCCCGUGGCAAGGGGAAGGCGCCGGCCCCGCCGCCGCCUCCGCCGAGCCGUGAGGAGGAGAACGGCGGUGGGCACCGUCGCGGGCAGAGGAGGAAAGUCUGGCCGCGUGGCCGCCGCGCGGUCGUAGCUCUCGUGGCGAUGGUCGCGGCGGCCCUGUACCUUCUACUCGCUGACGCCGUCGCGGAGCCGCCGCCGGGCGCCUGGGUGCUCGUGGCCUACCUUCUCUGGAUCGUCGGGCUGAUUAUGCUUUUUUCAGUUAUGAAGUGAGAUUGAUGGUCGGUGCUGGUUGGUGUGGGGACUGAGGGCCACGGGAUCGUUUCUUUCAGCCUUUCUUUUUCUUAUUAUGUCUUUUCCUUUUCCUUCUCCUUUUGUACAUGCACUUGCGCCGUCUUGAUAUGAUCCUGCCAUGCAUGAUGCAUGCGCUAGAUUAUUACUUGAUCGAGCUAAUUUAAAUUGUCUCUUUUAAUUUC